UCAACGACAGCUACAGACGUCUACAGACUACAAUCUGAAUUAUACUGCUGAUAUCUAAAUUGAAAAUUCUGCCAAUUCUGGGCAUUGGACGUAGACAGACACAGUAGUUACUACUUGUUGUUACUUUCAUUUUUGCACAGUGAAAACAACUGUAUUUUAAUAAUAGUAGUAUUAUUUUGCAAUAAUAUCGCGUUGAUUGAGUACGUGUUUUUAUUUAUUAAUUCUUCAUUGUGCGUGUCAAGAUAUUGUUUUUCAAUAACGACGUUUCGAUCGUCUAGAAGAACACUUUAUUUGUUCAGAUGACUUGAGACGCUCAGACGGCACUGACAAUGUUUGUACUAAAAAUAAUUGUCAUCACGUCGGCAAUACUCAAAAUCGGCUCACCAGCAGUGCACUGUGGGUCCGAUCCAGUAUAUGAGUUUCAGUGUCUUACCCCUGAGUGCGACAGUGCUCUAGUGGAUGAUAAAAUAUCAGUGGCCCGACGUCUUAUUAGUCCAAAACAUAAUAUCACCAUUCUUGGUCAAAAUGACGACAUGUUUUUGGUCAAAAGUUUAAAGGGUAAGAUAUCUAAAAUCCGUAAACAAGAUGUUAAAAUAUUACAUUUAGCUAAACAGGAACACUGGAAGUUUAAAGUAAAUGUUCUUAAAAAAAAUUUAGAAAUAUGCACAUCAAUUACUCAAAACAAAGAAGCAAAAGAUAGUGAUUCCAGUAUCACUCAAAUAAGUACGAAUACAGAUGAAACAAAUUUUAAGAAAAAUGAUGGAGUUGGUACUUCAAAAGUUCUUCAAAAUGUAAACAAUAAUGAUACUGAAAAAUUUGAUGAUAAAUUAAACAACGAAACUAAUUCAUUUCAUUCAGAUUAUAAUAAUGAUAUGAAUGCAAAUGUAGAAAUCGAUAGUGAAGACGAAAGCAUCAAAAUUGAAAGUGAAGAUGAAUCAUACCUAGAUGUUAGUUUAGUUCAAAAUCCAUCAAAAAUUGAUAACGAUAUUUCUAGAAAUUCAGUUGAUGAAAUUGCAUCUACAAACGGCGAUCAAAUUUUAAAUUCUGAUCCUGUUCUUUCUAUAAAAAGUUAUGAAGCUAAAACUAUAAGCCCCCAAACAACGCAUUCAUCAACUAGUGAUGAACAAUUAGAAAACAAUCUUUCGACAGAAUGUUCUUUAGAUUCUUGUGUAAAAAAAGUCAAAGAAAAUAUUGUUACUGAAAACUCUAGAAGUAUUAUUUCUCCAGUGAUUAAAGAUGAUUCUCUUCAACAAACGAUAGAUAACCAAAUAACACAACAAUCACCAAAUUUAGACAAGACAGAUAAUUCAAUUAAUGAAUCAAUUAAUAAUCUGUCAACAGAUAAUAUUAAUCCAGAAAUUAACUUGCAAGAUAAUAAUAACAAUGAUACUCAAGAAUUUAUUUCGGAUAGUUCAUAUCAAGAAGAAAUAGAACUAGUAAAAACUAUUCAAGAAUCAUCAAACAUAGAUAACACAGAUAAUUCGAUUGAAAAAUUAGUUAAUAUGGCCCCACAAAUCUCAAAUACAGAUAUUAAAAUACCAGAUAAUAAUAAUGGCGUUGAAGUGUCUAAUUUUAACAGUUUACAUCAACAAAAAAGUAAACCCAUACAAACUACUCAACAAUUAUCAAGUGAAGAGGAAAAAAUGGAUGUCUCAUUACAAAACAUAGUUAGUAGCAAUACAGUGCUACAAGACUCAAAGGUAGUAGUUAAUUUAAAAGAAAAUAACAAUACUAAAGAAUUGAAAAUGAAAAGUUCUUAUCAACAAAAAAGUGAAGAAGUACAAACAGCUCAAGAAUUACCCAGUGUAGAGGAAAAAACAAAUGUUUUAAUAAAAGAAUCAGUUAGCGGUGUAAAGUCACAAAACUCCAAUUCAGUAGUAGUUAAUAAUUAUAGUACAAAACAGUUCAAUAAAUUCCAAGAGGAAUGUAUAAAUUGUGAUUCUUUACCAACUAUCCCUGAAUCAGACAAUCUACAAGUUAACAGCAAUAGUAAACAAUCACCCUUAUUAGAUGUAGAAAAAGAAAAGGUAGAAAUAAAUAAUGAAAGUAGAAUUUCAAACGAUUAUGUUAUGUCUAUUGGAAACAAUUUAAAAGAUGAAAUUAUAUAUCAACCAGUGGUUAGUGAAACUAAAGAUAAUAUACCUGUAUUAUUAAAUGAUCACAAAGAACCUGAAUCUCAAAAUAAACCCAAGGAUAAUUUACUUAAUGUUGAAUUAAAUAAUGAUUCAGUUGAUACAACAAAUUCAUCUCCACAGCAAGAACUACAUAAUGCAACUAAUAUUGUUCCAUCUAAUGAUUACCAUACAACAGUUGUMGAUGAACUGGAUGUAACUGAAGUAUUAAAUAAAAAAUCAAUUGAUCAGUGUACAUCAGCUGAAUGUUUGCAAUCUCCAAAUCAUGAUUAUAAAAUUAUUCAACAACAAUAUAAUAUUGAAAACAAGGAAUUGCCCAAUGAAAUUAUCCAUAAAACUAUGGAAUAUAAAAAUAAUGAACAGUUGAAAGAAUUUGUACCUAAAAGUUUUGUGGCUUCUUUUGGUCACCCAGAAACUUGCAGUGGAGUCAAUUGUCUUAAUUUUAAAAGAAAUGUAGAAAAAAUAGUUAAGUCUCCUCAGCCUUUAAAUCCAGUUCCCAAACAUCUACACCCUGAUGACAUUUCACACUCGGCUAAUAUUGACUAUGAAAAAGAAAAAAAGGAAAAGAAAAUUAUUAUUAAUGAAAUAAAGGAGCAAUCUGUAAUAGAGUUGAGUCUCUUUGAUCAAUUUCAAAAUUGGUUAUCCUCUCCUACGAUGAUUACAAUAGAUUUUAUUUGGAAUAUUUUUGGCGAUAAUUCUAGUGAAUACAAUGAUGUAUAUCCUGAUGCUGUGGAAAAUCAAAAAAUGUUAGACCAUAAUAAGAACAUCAAGCAUUCAGAAUUGUAUUUUAUUGUUGUAGCUGUAGUCACAUUACUAUUUUCACUAAUUUAUUACAAAUAUCAAAAUGGAACAUAUGAAAAUCAUUUGUUGACAUUACUAGCAGCUAAAGAUCAGAAUUUGUUAAUUAUUGAAAAAGAAUUACUUUUAUUGAAAGAAUCAAACUCUGGAAGUGCACAAUUAAGAACAGAGAGAAUUUCUGAAAUUGAAUCAUUGAGUGAUCAAUUGACUAAAUCAGAGGAUAUCAUAUCGUCUCAAGCCAUACGAAUAGAAAAUCUUGAACAAGAAAUUGUAGAAUUAACUGAAAAUGGUAUGGAAAUGCAUACACUAUUAUCUUCUGCAUUAGAAUCUAGUACAAAAAAUAAAGAACAAUUAAAUACUUUAAAAUCAAAAUUGGUUGAUUCAGAAAAUUUGAUAGCAGCUCUUACAAAAAAAAAUUUUGAAAAAUCUUCAGAAUUAGAAAAAAGAAUUGACUCUGAAAAAACUCUUUCAAUUACCGUUGAAGAAUUAACUAAUAAGAAUACUAGAUUAGCUGAAGACAAUGAUAAACUGUCUUUACAAUUGGAAGAAGUUAUUGCUAAGAAUAUGGCAAAAGAAUCAAAAUUACAAUCUGAAGUAAAUAAUUUACAAUUUGAAUUGGACAAUCAAACUUAUGAUUUGAUGACUGCAAAAAAUGAAGCUUUAUUGUCUAAAGAAGCUUUACAAGAUAUUAUGUCGCAGAAAUUUAAUCUAGCAGAUAGCAAACAAUUUUUAUCUGCAAUUAAAUUAUCUGCUGAACUCAAAUCUGCUAAACAAAUGUCUGAAGGAUACAAACAAAAAUUGAAUGAGGCUUUAAAAUCAAAUCAACAGGUCUUAGAUCAUAUAGAAGUUUUGAAAACUGAUAAAACGGAUUUAGAAAACAAAUGUACAAAAUUAGAAACAAUAAAUGAAGAAUCUGUAAACAAAUUGAAUAUUCUAACAAAGUUUUUUAAAGAACAAGAACAAGAGUACCUUAAGCAAAUUAAUGAGAAAGCAUUGUUAUAUAAUGAUAAAGAAGGGGAAUCUAGCGAACUUAAUGAACAUAUUAAAUCUCUUAACCAAGAAAUUUUCAAUUAUAAAUCAGAAAUUCAAUCAUUAAAGAAAGAAAUAACUGAUCAAGAAACUAGUUUUAAAGUUCAAAUAUCUGCGGCAGAUAAAAAAGCCAGUGAUUAUUGGAUAUCAUUCAGGCAAGCUGAGAGGAAACUUAAAGAAAUGGAACUCGAAACUGCACAACUAAGAAAUAAGUUGACCAUGGUUGAUAAAAAAUUAGAAAAUGGUGCAAAAAGCAUAGAUUCGUCCAAAGAUUUUGAAGAUGAACUCUUGGACAUACCAUUACCAACUGUGUCUCCUGAUUUCACAUUACUUUCGUUACUUGAUUUUGAGCCACCUCCUCCAAUUUUAACUAACCAACGGUUACCACCACUUGGCGCUUUGGGUCAAGCUCCUAGUCCACCAGCUCCUUUAUCUAGGAGGCAUAAUCGAUCACUUUCACCUGGUUCUCCACCACCUUUACAAAGGUCUUCUGCAUUUCGGCCAUUGGCUCAAAGAUAUAACUAUAUGAAUCGAGAAAAUUCAUUGGGUCAUUCAGUUGAAUCACUUGACAAAUAACUAUAUUUUGCACAUAUUGUUACUAUUAUGAUAUGCAAAUUUCUGAAAUUAUUUUCAGAAUUAUAGUUUUUGCUAAGAUUAUACGUUGAAUUAAUAUUGGUGUAUAUCAUUAAAUUCAA